CGCAGAUUUGUCAAUUGCGCUCAACUGUCUCGAAUUUCUAGACAGGAUCAGCUUCCUCAAAAUCACUCUGCUGUAUCUAGCUCAAUAUGCCUAGAGAGAAUAGAAAGCGAGGCAGAAAGCACAAAAAGCCGAAGGAAGAACUGUCGCAGGCGGGUCAUCAGGAGGUCGUCGCGCAUGCCAGUGAAGCCGACUACGAACCACAAGCCGGGCCUUCUUGGAUAGUACCGGCUCCUGCCCAGUCUGAAGUCGAUCGAGACGCGCCGUUCGGGUACGUUGAUCCAGAAGUCAAGGCGUAUUUCCGCACUGUCGACGUGCAGAUCCGCGAAUGGCAGGAGCAGAGUGGCGCCAUGCAAGACAACGAUGAUGUCGAUCCCAAUGAAGACCGAACGCUUUUCUUUGUCUCUGCUCUUACGGAAAUGUCUGGCAAAGAGAAACAGCUUGCUACAGAUCCAGACUGUUCGACCAUGCUGGAGAGGAUGGCCUAUUCCAUGGACGAUUUCGUUCGGCGAGUUUUUAUGGACAGACUUAUGGGAUCGUUUGAGCAAUUGGUUACCCAUAGGUUUGCCUCGCAUGUAUGUCAAACUAUGUUUGCUGUUGCGAGCGACACGGUAUUAAGAGAGGCCAGGGGUAUCAUCGCUUCCGCAACGGAGUCUUCUGAUGUUGGGGAAUUGCGAACGUUGACACGCCUUGUGAUUGAUGCUUGCGAGGAAAUGCUUCCAUCACUACCAUCGCUGGUCGUGGACCCGUUCGCUUCUCACGUUAUUCGUGCUCUCCUUCUCCUCUUAGCACCUGACUGUUUCCCGAAAGUUGAUGGCGGUGCCGGUUCCGUACGAUCUAAGAAAAGCGCCUCCUACAAGGUUCGCCAAGGGCCUAUGAAGUCGGUGUUCUCUGAUAGGGAGACCGGCACUCUGGAUACUACAGCAAAACGCGCACCUCCAGAGUUUUACGAGGUCGCGAAAAAAUUUGUCCUCAAGCUUCGCAAGGACCUCGGUGACAACGAAGUGCGCGCAUUAGCUGCGGACAAAGUCGCCAGCCCCGUGCUUCAGAUGCUGCUUGAAGUAGAAGCAGGCUCUGACAUGGCAGAUACUCCAGGUUCCAUGAUGGACCGAGCGCUGGCAGGGCUCAUCACGCUUUCCCAUCAGGAUGAUUCGGUCGAGCCUGAAGCGUCCGAUUACUUGAUGACCCUGCUUCGAGACCCCACUGCUUCGCAUCUGCUGGAAACGCUCGUGCACCGGUCGCCUGCCAAGGUAUUCAAGGUUCUGUGGGCAACCUAUUUCCGAGGCAAAUUGCCGAAGCUUGCCGUGCAUCCUGUUGCCAAUUUCGUCGUCGCGAAGGCUCUCGAGCGCGUAGAUGCAAGCGAAUUAGAGGAGGCAUGCCAGGAGUUGGACAGCGUCCUCGGAAAGAUCAUCAAGUCCUCUCGAACUGGCGUAUUGCGUGCUCUAGUGGACAGAGCUGCGGCUCUACAUGCACAUGAGGGGCGAAUCGUCCAAGCAGUUUGCGCCGCAUUCGAGCUCACUAGUUCAGAAGAGAGGGAAUUGGCUGUUCCCUGCAUACUACGAACAUUAGCGCUCAAUGACUACAAGGCCGCAAUGUCUACACAAGCUGAGUCCUCGUACACACCCGAAGGCACAACCUCGAACAGACGAGCUGGAGUCAAAGCCGGGGACAAUCCACUGGAGCCCAAGCUGCAGGGUUCACUGCUUCUGCAGUCCAUGCUGCGUCUACCGUCGCCCUACAACGAGUAUGUACUUGAUAGCGUUUUAUCCCUCAGCAUAGACGAGUUGAUCGCGAUGGCCCACAGCACGACGAGUUCGCGUGUGCUGGACGUUCUGCUUGAGUCGCCCACAGUAUCCACCAAGGCAAAGCGGAAGUUCGUGCUCGCAUUUAUUGGACACUUCCACACGCUCGUGGAUGAUCGGAUCGGUAGCAGGGUUGGCGAGCGGUGUUGGGCGUAUGCUGACCCAUAUUUGAAGGGAAAGAUCGCUCGUUCAGUGAUACCUCAUGAGUACUUUCUCGCCGGCUCAAUGUAUGGCAAAUUCUUCACUCGCAACCUCAACUUGCACCUUCUCCAGCGCAAACCCGAUCAAUGGAGAGACCAACAAUCCGUGUCGAAAGCUGCGUCUUCUGAUUCCGUUCGGUCGAACCUAGCCCAGCUGUCUGCGGUUACCGCUACUGCAGCUGUAGAGGUCACGCCUGCAGACGAGGCAGGCGCAAGCGCAGACAAGCCAAAGAAACGGAAGCAUAAAACAGAGCCUGAGGACGAAAUCGACGCUCUCUUUAAUGCUAGGCUUAGCAAUAAGAUCAGGAAGGGCGGUCUAGGUGCAGGAAAAGACGCUGAACAGCAGAAACCGAACUUCGCAAACGACCUCGAGGAUGAGCAGAGUGGCGAGACAAGAAAGCAGGAUAUCUCGACAGCGGAGGACAAGGACCUGAAGGACGUGUUGGGUGCUAUACGAGCAGCGCCGAAGGACAAUAGCAACCAUCGGAAGAAAGUGAAGAAGCGAUGAAAGUGAUUCAUUGGAGUGGCAGCGUCGCGAAAUACCUACAAUAUUAUAAGUACCCUGUCAUUGCGAUGUCUCCAUCAACAUCAGGGUGCGCUCUCCUCGUGCAGUGGAGUUGACCAAGUUUCCUCGUAUGUCUGGGCCAAUUUUUGGGUGCGGAUUCAUGCGCACGGUAUCUAGCAAUGCAUCCUUUUGGUCUAGUGUUAAGCCAGAUGCAUACUGUUGCGGCAGCUGAAAGCAGUCAGACAAUAUCGUAACAAUAUUUCAAACGUAUAAUAGUAUAUCUCG